AUGCAAAAUAUUAAUAGACAGAGAAUCACAGCUGAAGCUGGACAGGACUCAGUCACUCUGCCAUGUGGAGCUGGAAAGGAGAAAGAGAUAACCGCCUUAGAGUGGAGCAGACCUGAUCUGGAUCCAGAUGUUGUUUUUUUGUACAUAGAUGGUCACUUUCAUCCAGACCGCCUGCAUCCAUCCUUCAGGAACCGGGUGGAUCUGCUGAACAGACGGAUGAAGGAUGGAGACGCGUCUCUGGUUCUGAAGGAUUUGAAGAUAAAUGAUACAGGAACAUAUGAGUGUGAAGUCAUUCAGGGAGGAGGAGGCCAGAAGAUGAUCACCACCAUCCAUCUUGUGGUUUCUUCUCCUCCAGCUCACACCUGCUUCUCUCCUGCAGGGACCCGGGAGGGAGGAGGCAACCAGGCAAGAGGAGACAAGGAGGGAGGAUCUCUGGGUCUGACCCUGCUGGUUUUUCUCGGUGACUGUGUUCCUGCCUCAAAGAGCUCUCUGCUGAGCCCUUCUGGACAUCUGGAGGCCUCUGCUGCUCAUCCUCUGUCCAGGAGAAGCUCCACCCUCUCUGCCUGGACUUUUCCCUCCACCCGCACGGGGGCAGCUGACUCCUGGACUUUGGGGGGAAGUAAACAGCCCGUCUCCGUGGCGACGGCCCCGCCCCUCCAGGCUGAGCCGGGAUUGGACGAUGACUACGAUGACGUCACCACAGAGCAUCACUUCUGA